AGCACAGAGGGGGAGGGAAGAUCAUUUCCUUUCUGUAGUGUACACGCCGCAAGAAUACACCGGGAUAAGGACGGAAAAAAAAAAAUAUAUAUAUAUAGGGAAGACGGUAAAGGAAAUACCGCAGCCCCGUGUUGUCUUUUGUUUUGGGAAUUCAUCUAACACAGAACGGAAGACUAACAUGGGGAGAUGGUUCUUAAGGAUUGACUUUCAAUAACCCUCUCUCCAUGCGAAAAGUCUGGCGAGUAGACUGAAAAAGGCAAUAGCAGUCAGGGAAGACAUGUUUAGUGAUUUUAGUCCUGCGCUUGAGGUAGGAUGUUGAUGUAUUUUCAUAAAAUAUUUCUGUCUCUGGCACAAAUAAGGGGUCAACGGUGAAUGGGCAUAUUAUUCCAUGCACAGUAUCAAUAAGCAGUGUAGUUAAUUACUUAGGUUAAUAAAACGGUGAAAUAGCCUAGGCCUUCUGCAGACUGAAUAUUGCUUUAACGUUACAUGACUAACGUUAGUAGGCUAGGCCUAAACACAAGGCUAUGAACCGAUAAAUUAACGUUAACUACUAAUUUUGUAUAGAAUUUAUUUGUAAUCUGCAUCGUAUCAAUGGCAGUAAGAGCAACACAUUUUUAAAGAAACAAGUAAUUAGUUAUAUCGAAUUACUUGAUCCGAUUAUACACAUCUGAUCAUCUUUAAUAGUAAGGUUUUCAUAACAGGGACAGACUAUAUAAAACCCCAAUCGGUUUCUUACAAACAUAAUUUUGACCACAGAAAAUAGUUCGACAGAGGCCAAGGGGGAAAGGAUAGGUGAAAAUUCUAGCACUAGACAAGGAACAUCAGGCGUUUUUAAAUGUUAAUGUCGACCGACGUAACAUCAAUCAUGCUGCCUGUAAAUCGGGCUAUCAUGGACCGGGAUCGAGAGCUCCAGGACACAAUGGCCGGGGUGCAUCCCAACUCGACCGGGGCUUCUGGCGCAGCUGUCCGGGGAAUGAAGCGAGGAGACCCAGCAUCUGACGCGCAGACGUCGACAGCUCUUGUGGAAUCGGCCGGGGCAGAGUGCAAGCGUCCCCGGAUUGACGCAUCUGGAGUAGUCGCAGAGGUCGGCCAGAACAAUGACCCCCUGACACUUGGUUACCAUGGAUACCCAACCCACAGUCAGGGCUCUCAGGAUUCAGCAGGUGCUCAAGAGGGUCUCGUCCCCCCAUCCUUCUCCGCCUUCCCCCCUCCUCCCCCUCCGCCCCCCCAGAACGGCUUGGCCCUGGAGUACGGGGCCAGUCUGUACGCCGCAGGGGCCAUCCAGGGGUCGGUGGAGGCCGGACAGGCAGGCCUUAACACCCCGACAAGUGUCCCAAACAGCUUAACCACCCACCAGUCAGAUGUGUCGUCACAGAUUGAUACCCAGUUGGUGUGUACAGGAGGUGGUGGUGGCGGGGGGUCCGUAGGGGACGACUCAGAGAAGGGGACCCCCAAACGCCUCCACGUCUCCAACAUUCCCUUCCGCUUCAGAGACCCUGACCUCCGGCAGAUGUUUGGGCAAUUUGGAAAGAUCCUCGACGUAGAGAUCAUAUUCAACGAGAGAGGAUCAAAGGGUUUUGGCUUUGUGACGUUUGAGACGAGCGCAGACGCUGAGAAGGCCAGAGCCGCUCUCCACGGGACUCUGGUGGAAGGACGCAAGGUUGAGGUCAACAACGCCACAGCCAGGGUGAUGACCAAUAAGAAAAUGGUCACCCCAUAUUCUAAUGGAGGAGAGGGGCUCGCCACUCUACCUUAUGGGCUACUAAAUGCCCACUCCCCCACAGCCGGGUGGAAGUUGAGUCCAAUGGUUGGAGCCAUGUACAGUCCAGAGCUCUAUACAGAUUUCUCUGGCCUGUCUCUCUCAGUCCCUGGCUUCCCGUACCCUGCGGCGGCUGCACAGGCUGCCACAGCGGCGGCGACCUUUAGGGGCGCCCACCUCCGGGGUCGUGGCCGGCCGGUCUACGGUGCUGUCAGGGCAGCCCUACCCCAGCAAGCUAUACCUACAUACCCAGGUGUGAUGUAUCAGGAAGGGUUUUACGGUGCAGCAGACCUCUAUGGUGGCUAUGCUGCGUAUCGCUACGCUCAGCCGACUGCGGUAGCUGGUCCUGCAGGAGCAGCGGCUGCCGCAGCAGCCGCCUACAGUGAUGGCUACGGACGGGUGUACACGACAGACCCUUACCACGCUGCACUAAACCCUGCUGCAGCCUACGGUGUUGGAGCUAUGGCCACACUGUACAGGGGAGGCUACAGUAGAUUUGCGCCCUACUAAAGAUAACCACAUUUCCCAGGAGCUCUCUCAUCCUGUUUGAACAAUCUAUAAAAGAGCUCCCUCUGCUGUCUAGGAUGGAGAUUGCAACACGUUGACGCAAGUUUGUCGCCUACCAUGGAAACAUUUAUAUUUCAAAAUCUCCUGCUGUCCACUCUUUUUUCGCUUCAAACAAAAAUAGGAAUGCCGUUUUAAAGACUGGUAGAAAGCAAGAAAAUAGAAAAAAAAACUUGUAUUUGAACCAAAUGGCCGCUUGUUUCCAUUGCACGGCUGUAUUAUAGUCCCCCUGUUUCUCCCUCUCGACACUCUCAGCAGCACAAGACACAGAAUGGUUGCCCCCCAGCUAGCGUACCUCCAGAGCCUAUCAUGUAACUGGUGUCCGGACCGUUAACUGAACACUGAGAUAAACCCCCUACCACACGUAUAACAGCCAAGGUGUAAUGUGGCAUGUACUAUACACAACUCAUACAUCAAGAAUAGAGGUGGAGUCUAGUUAUGGAAGACAGAACUGUGACUGCCAGUGUCUGCAUGUCUUUGGAGCCUGAAUGAGCGAGAAACCACAGCAACCGAGCACCAGAAGCAUUUUGGAACAGAAAGACAAUUUGCAAACAAAGUGGAGGAUGUGACUUCAUGUUUCCUCUUGUGGGGUGAAGGAGUAUGAGAGAGAGGAAAUGGCAUCAUCAUUGCAGAGUGGGGGAUGGACUGAUGUUUUUUUAACACUAUUAGAAAUGACUCACUUCAAACUGAGCAGUAAAAGGAUUAUCAUAGCUGUUCCUUACCUCAGUUUUCUUAGUCCGUGAAAAUGGCGAACCUUUAAAAAUUUAAUUGUUACAAUUAUGCAAAUAAAUUAGUUAGAGAGAAAAAAAGUUACCAAAUUAUUAUUAUUAUUGCUGAUUUAUAGCGUUGUCUUUAUUGCGUUAUUAUUGUUAGUUUCAGUGGUUCUCUGAGCACACCUCUACACACAUUUUCCACUUCCCUAGAAACGAGGUCUAGGGGCUAGGACUACAGUGUAGAUAAUAUCUAUGUCAUUCACUACAGUGGGCAACACUACACGUCCCCUCUACAUAACACAAUAUUAUACCAAACUGAACAUCCAGUGCACAACAUCAUAUUCUCACAAUACUUCACGCUAUACACAAAUCACUCAGAACUAUAUAAUAUUUCAUCACUGCUAUCGAGGUACCGGCUGGCUUUUUAUUGCAUUGUGAAUGUUAGGCUGAGACAUAUAUCACUGAUAUCAUUGAAACAACCAGAACCUAGUGUCCUAGAAUAAACAUAUUCAGUUAUUUCUUUGAAAAGUUAUGAGAUGUAUUAUUUGGCAACAUGAUUGAUUUCCCUAACUUGUUCUGUCUUUUAGAAGAGCAGGUAAACAUCAAGUACAGUCUUCCUGAGAAUAGCUACGUUGGUAAUAGAUAGUGAGAUUCUGUCAACAGGCGUUGAAAGAGGGACACCAUCAAUAUGAAAAAUAUUUAAUGCAAAAUACCAUACUAUUGUGCAUAUUUCUAUAUCCUUAUACUCUAUUUCCAAAAUGUGGUUGUUUUUGCCUUUUUUUUUGUUCCAAAGAUUUGUAGAAAAGCACACUUUUAGUCAUGUGUAUGAUAAAUAUAUUAUCGUUCUUGUGGUUAUUAUUAAGUGCUUUCUUUUUAUUUGUUGAAUUAGCUCGUUAUAUUUUUUUCUAUUGGUAAAUGUUGUUGUUCCUCCUUUCAUUUCCUCCAAGAUUAGUUGAAAUAUGAUAUUUUUUCCCUCCUGUGUUGUUUUCUUGGGCAGAGGGGAAUGAACUCUUUAGUAGUUUCAAAGAGGGAGGGAACCAUAGAAGUAUACCACUAUAGCAUCAGCCUAUCUAGUGUUCUAUAUCUAUGGCGCGAACAAAACAGGAAAGCAUGUAAAACUAAACUACCAAACUAAUUUCCCCCAAAAGAUAGGGAGAGGCUGAAAUGUUUGGGUCUCACAAUUUAUUCAAAGUUUACAGUAGACAAGAAUACGUUGGAAUGAAUGGUGGCCUGACAAGCACUUCUUCUGACCUGGUGAAGUAAUCUAGUCACUCUGUCGUAGACAAAGACUCCUAACAUUUCAAUGCUGAAAUUUAGUUAGUUGAGGUUUAAAACAGAUGUGAAGAGCGUAGCGCUUGUGUGCUGUCUAGGUUAAAGGACAUGCAAUUUUGAAUGAUCCAAGUAUACAAAAGGUUGUAUGUGUUAUCGUUUGGUUUGUACAAUGGUAAAUGUUUCAUAGCAGUUUUACAAAGAAAAUGUUAUGUGGGGCAUGAACUAAUUACUAUGAAACAAUAUUUCACAAUGCUGCAGUCAUUGUUUAUUUUGAAAUGUUUGCUCUAUUUUUCAUUUUAUCUUUGGUUGUCUGGCUGUGUGUACCACUCUUCUCAGUGUGAACUUAAUCUAAGACAUCAACAGGGGUCAAACUCUUCUCUGGUCAUUUGACUUUAUUAUCAUGUAUUGCAAAAGUGGACUGAAAUAUGAAUAACUGAAAAGAUACAGCCAAAGAUAGUUAUUUAUGCCCUAUUUCUAUGGUUACCAAAUUGAGAAACGCAGAGCAAAGUGGAUAAAUGAUUGACAACCUAUUGAACCAAUCAACAUGGGCAACUAGCAUGAUGUCAUUCUCCAGGAAGUAGAGUUUGAGACCCCUGACCUAAAUGUUUAGUAUGAUUUUGAUUCUGUCAUUUGAGAUCAGACUCCAACAGCAUUCGGUUGCAGUAGUCAUCUUUUACCACUAAACUCCAUUGAGAAUGCUAGGCAGCAAGCCCUUUUUUAUGCUUAGGAUGCUAGUGUAGCAAAGAAGAGCACAGUGCUGUUUGUCAAAAUGGCCACCACAACGAGGCAAGAACACAAUGGCAACGUUCUAAUUUCCAUACCAGCAUAUUACUUUGAAUUCAUACCUUGAUACAGUGCUUCAUACUAAGUAGUAUACUUGUGGAUAUUGGAACAGAGCCAUGGAGUAGGCUCAUUCCUUGUUAUGUUUAUUUGGCUCCUUGUAUUAUAUUAUACAGUGAGGUGGUUCUUCUUAAUCACUAUAGGUUUCAAAUGGAAGUGACUGUCCUUUUACGAACCUCUUCCCCUCUGUCAUGUUUAUCCCUUGGCUGCCAUUAUGCUAUUUUGUUAGUGAAUGUCCAUAUAAAAUCUUUUAUAUAAAAUA